UGCAGACGCAAUUUCAUCAGUGGGCGUGCGUGUACGUGCACACAUAUAUGGCCCUCUGAAUUGAUAGCUAGAGGACUCGCAGCGUCCUUCGGCUUCCUGCUCACCAUCGGCAUCACCCAGACCCAUCCAAGCUCAAAAAAGCGACACAAUGUCUUCCCGAAAGGCAUCCCCGCUCGUCGAGGACGCCGUCACUCCGGUGCUACCUACGCAAACCAGUGCCAUCGAUGAGGGGAGCGACUUGGAACACAAGUCUGCCGCCUUGGACACGAGUGCCGACAAGCAGGACGUCGAGGAGCUAGCCAAGCCCGUGGACCUCAAAGAGCAACGCAAAGCCAAAAAUUCCGAUUUCUUCACCGUCCUGGCCUCCGGAGCUGCUCUGAUCAGCGACGGUUACUCCAACAAUGUCACCACCAUGCUCAACCCUCUCUUCACGCAUCGCUACGGCUCCAGAGUCUUCGACUCGGCAACCUCGACUCGUAUCAGCAACUCGCUGCUUGUGGGCGCGAUCAUCGGUCAGGUCGUCGUCGGAAUUAUCUGUGAUCGCAUUGGAAGGAAAUCGGCAAUCGUCAUUGCUACCUCACUCAUCGUCCUCGGAGGCAUCUUUGCCACCGCGGCAAGUCCCGUGCACGGUAGCACAAGCGCCCUCUUUUGGUGGAUUACCGUCGCUCGGGGGGCGCUCGGAGUCGGUGUUGGUGCAGAGUAUCCCGCAAGCUCCACAUCUGCGAGCGAGGCUGCAAACGAGCGGUACGGACGCAAGCAGCGCAGCACCGUCUUCAUCCUCGUCACCAACUUUGUGCUCAGUCUCGGUGGUCCGCUCGCCGUUUCCUACUUCCUCAUCGUCUUGUCCGCCUCAGGAUACAACAAUACAACAACGCCCGGCGAUCAACGCAACCUGGACAUCGUUUGGCGUUUAUGCUACGGCUUUGGCGCCAUCCUACCUUUACCAGUGUUCUACUUUCGCAUGAAGAUCCUCAAUUCCAAAGCUUAUCGAGUCGGCGCGAUUCGUCGAAAUGUUCCCUACGGUCUUGCGCUCAAGCGGUACUGGCCCAGACUGCUGGGCACUUGUGGAGCGUGGUUCCUGUACGACUUCGUUGCAUUUAGCAAUGGCGCCUUUUCCGGAACCAUCAUCAGCACGGUGGUGGAUAAUCCUACGCUGAAACGCGUGGGAGAGUACCAGCUGCUGCUGGGAGCCAUUGCUCUGCCCGGCGCACUCUUUGGCGCGUUCGCGGUCAAGCCCUUGGGCACAAAGUGGCUGCUGUGCGUAGGAUUCACCGGGUACAUCAUCAUUGGUCUCUCCGUCGGUCUGGCAUGGGAACGCAUCAUUAGCAAGCCUGCCCUGUUUGUCGUGCUGUACGCCCUCAUUGCCAGCUUUGGCAACUUUGGUCCGGGAUCCUGCUUGGGUCUCGUGUCUUCCGACUCGUACCCGACUGCUCUGAGAGGCACCUUUUACGGCAUAUCUGCCGCUGUCGGCAAAGCUGGCGCUGCGGUCGGCACCGAAGUCUUUAAACCCGUGACAGACAAUCUGGGCAAAAAGUACGUCUUUAUCAUCGCAGCAGGCAUCGGAGCUGCCGGUGUGCUCUUCUCCGCUCUCCUCAUUCCCGACACGACCAAAUUCGACUUGGACUCGGAGGACGAUAGGUGGCGCAGGUAUCUGCUUGCGAAUGGAUGGAACGGCGAGCUGGGCGAUGGAAGUACGCCUACCCACAAAGCGUCUGACGUGGCAGCGCUGUCGGAUGAGGACGUUUCGAGCGAGGAAGGUGCGGUCAGCAAGGACGAUGACGUGAGACGUUGACCGUCGGGCCGGAACAAUUCGCUAUUCCCCCUGUAUUGUUCCGAAUCUGCUUUCUGUCAUGUGUCCCUAAUGCUUUUCCGAGUUGCAUGUCACGAUCUCUUUGCUCGAGGAGGGGUUCAUCCACGAGAGGAAACGCACACGUCUUCAUUGUGCAGAGUUCUGCGAUGCAGGUGCUCGUGUCUGCCAGCCACGAGGAUAUUUGUAGCGCUUUCGGCUUCGCAAUCGUUUAUGAAAGUAUCGAGCGCCACAGACCGCAAAGACGG